AUGGUAAUGGUGGAGGUGUUAAUUACUAACCAUCACACCGGAGAAUGCUUGAUCACUAAUGCAUCUUCGUCUCAAGAUGCAGAAUUGCAGAAAAAUGUAGUUGAGGAAACACAGAGUCCAAAUCCGAUCGAUCGGACCUCAAAUCCGAUCGAUCGGAUCCCUGAAUUUGAAAAUGAGACAGGAGAAAAAUCCGAUCGAUCGGACACAAUUCCGAUCGAUCGGACCACUGCAGACCAAAAUGAAAGUGUUGAAAAUAUGCAGAAGAGCAAGGAUGUGCAGUCCCGGUUGAAAAACACCAAGACGGAUUCUGGAUUCUCAAAGUUUCUUGAUGUGUUCAAGAAAUUGCAGAUAAACAUACCUUUUGCCGAAGCUUUGGAGCAGAUGCCCAGCUAUGCCAAACCUUUCUUGCGUACGGGGAGGACUCUUAUUGAUGUGGAAAAAGGUACUUUGGUAUUGAGAAUUGCGGAUGAAGAAGUCACGUUCAAGGUGUUUAACACUACCAAGUACCCGAAUGACGAAGAAUCUUGUCUUUGCAUAGACUCGGUGGACCAUAUUUUGGCUCAUACUUAUUCCAUCAAUUCUUGCCAAGACCCUCUUGAGUCUUGCUUGGUGAAUAGAGAUGCUCUUGAAUACGGUGAUGAUGAAAUGGUAGAGUUUAUGAAUUGGUUAGAAUCGAUGCAAGAAGCUAAACCAAGAAGAUUCCAGCGAUUUGAACCGCUUGGUGUUUUGUCUUCAAGGCCACAACCAAGUAUCAUAGAAGCUCCAACACUCACUUUGAAACCUCUUCCGUCUCAUCUUCGGUAUGCUUACUUGGGAAAUUCUACUACCUUGCCGGUUAUUAUCUCUUCGAAGUUGAAUACGGAAGAAGAGGACAAACUUUUAAGAGUAUUGAGGGAGCACAAAAUGGCUUUGGGGUGGACAAUAGCAGAUAUUCGGGGAAUCAGCCCCACUAUGUGUAUGCAUCGUAUUCUAAUGGAGGAGGAUUACAAGUCUUCGGUAGAGCAUCAACGCCGACUAAAUCCCAAUAUGAAAGAUGUAGUAAAAGCUGAAAUUUUAAAACUUCUUGAUGCAGGAAUUAUUUACCCUAUUUCAGAUAGUUCUUGGGUAAGUCCGGUGCAAGUAGUCCCCAAAAAGGGUGGAAUCACAGUGGUGAAGAAUGAGAAGAAUGAAUUGAUUCCCACCCGCACUACGACUGGUUGGCGAGUUUGCAUUGAUUAUAGGAAGCUCAACAAUGCCACUAGGAAGGAUCACUUUCCUUUACCCUUUAUUGAUCAAAUGCUAGAGAGGCUUUCGGGAUAUUCCUAUUAUUGCUUCUUGGAUGGUUAUUCGGGGUACAAUCAAAUCCCCAUUGCUCCGGAAGACCAAGAAAAGACCACUUUUACUUGUCCUUUUGGCACUUUUGCUUAUAAAAGGAUGCCUUUCGGCUUAUGUAAUGCGCCGGCCACCUUUCAACGGUGUAUGAUGAGUAUUUUCAGUGAUAUGGUGGAGCACACAAUUGAGGUAUUCAUGGAUGAUUUUUCUGUUUUUGGCUCAUCAUUUGACUCUUGUUUGAAAAAUUUAUCUAUGGUGCUCCAAAGAUGUGAAGAGACUAAUUUAGUGCUCAAUUGGGAGAAAUGCCAUUUCAUGGUGCAAGAAGGGAUAGUCUUAGGGCAUCGAAUUUCUCAAAAGGGCAUUGAAGUGGACAAAGCUAAAAUUGAACUUAUUGAGAAACUCCCUCCACCAACUUCGGUUAAAGAGGUGAGAAGUUUUUUGGGGCAUGCGGGAUUCUAUAGGCGUUUCAUCAAGGAUUUUUCGAGAAUCACAAAGCCUUUGUGUGAAUUAUUGUUGAAAGAUGUUAAGUUUCAUUUUACAAAGGAGUGCUUGGCAGCCUAUACCACUCUCAAGGAAAGGCUUACUACAGCUCCUAUUAUCACUUCUCCGGAUUGGAACAUUCCAUUUGAGCUCAUGUGUGAUGCUAGUGCCUUGCGCUAUUUAUUAAUGAAGAAGGAAGCCAAGCCAAGGAGAUCCUUCCUCCGGAUUUAUCCCACUAUCAAAGGAAGAGAUUCCUCCAUCUUGUUCGGUUUUAUUAUUGGGAGGAGCCUUUCUUAUGGAAGCAAUGUAUGGAUCAAAUUAUUCGUCGGUGUGUUCCGGAGGAAGAAAUGA